UCCACACGCACGCUAACAUCUCCCUUCUAAAGAUUCAGCUUUCAGAUCUUUUCAGCAGAACGUCGGCAUGCUCAAAGAAAAUGCUUCAUGUGCUUUUCUUCUGCUUGUGUUUGCGGCAAGUCAACGGUGAGUUUGUUGAUGAUGAAGUGAAGUCAGUGAUGGAGGGAGAUUCUGUCACUUUAAACUCUGGUCUUACUGAAGUAAUAGAUGAAGAUCUAGCUCUGUGGAGGUUUGGAGCUGAAAACACCUUAAUAGCUGUAAUCAAUGUAAUAGUCGGCAGUGUUACUGUAUAUGAUGAUGUUCUUGAUGAGAGAUUCAGAGACAGACUGAAGCUGGAUCAUCAAACUGGAUCUCUGACCAUCACUAACAUCUCAACUCUACACACUGGAGAAUAUCAACUACAGACCAACAGUGUGAGAAAGAGCUUCAGUGUCUCUGUCUACGCUUCUUUGUCCACUCCUAAGAUCAGCAGAGACUGCUCUUCAACAUCAUCAUCAUCAUCAUCUUGUUCGUUGUUGUGUUCGGCGGUGAACGUGGGUCAUGUGACUCUCUCCUGGUACAAAGGAAACAGUUUAUUGUCCAGCAUCAGUGUGUCUGAUCUCAGCAUCAGUCUCUCUCUACCUCUGGAGGUGGAAUAUCAGGAUAAAAACACCUACAGCUGUGUGAUCAACAACCCCAUCAGAAACCGGACCACACAUCUUAACAACACUCAACUCUGUCCUCCAUGUCCAGAAUGUGGCCACUGCUGUGAUGUUACCGAAGCUGUAAUCCGAUUGGUCAUCUCUGCUCUGGUGGGCGUGGCUACUGUUGUUGUACUGGCUUAUGACAUCAGACCCAGAAAAGAUGAAUAACAGAGAAGAAACCUCUAGGGAAAGAAACAGCAUAUAUGUAAAUUGUUGUGGAAAUGAAACAUUACUUUACUGAAUUAAUAAAAUGUUGUUCACCCA